ACCCGCCCAUUCCCCACCCUCUUCUUUCUCCCCCAAAUCUCUUUGCCUGCCUGGCCAAAUUUCCCUCCUUCUCCUGUUCUCGUUCUCGCAUCCAUCAUUCAUACAGGGGAGAGCUGCUCCUGCUCGCCCAUCCCAGGUGGUGUGGUGUCCCUGUUGAUGCAUCCAUACAGGGUGGCCUCGAGCUGAGGCAGAGGACUGGAGGAAGCUAUAGCGAUGCCGGACUCGGACAACGACUCCGGCGGGCCGAGCAACGCGGGCGGAGAGCUGUCGUCGCCGCGGGAGCAGGACAGGUUCCUGCCGAUCGCCAACGUGAGCCGGAUCAUGAAGAAGGCGCUGCCGGCCAACGCCAAGAUCAGCAAGGACGCCAAGGAGACGGUGCAGGAGUGCGUCUCCGAGUUCAUCUCCUUCAUCACGGGGGAGGCCUCCGACAAGUGCCAGCGCGAGAAGCGCAAGACCAUCAACGGCGACGACCUGCUCUGGGCCAUGACCACGCUCGGCUUCGAGGACUACGUCGACCCGCUCAAGCACUACCUCCACAAGUUCCGCGAGAUCGAGGGCGAGAGGGCCGCCGCGUCCGCCGGCGCCUCGGGCUCCAACACCGCCGUUCAGCACCAGCAGCAGGGCGAUGUGGUGCAGAGAGGCGCCGCCAAUGCCGGCGGGUACGCCGGGUACGGCGGCGCGCCCGGCGCCGCCGGCAUGAUGAUGAUGAUGGGGCAGCCCAUGUACGGCUCGCCGCAGCAGCAGCAGCCGCCGCCGCCGCCGCCGUCACAGCAGCAGCAGCAGCAGCAUCACAUGGCAAUGGGAGGCAGAGGGGGUUUCGGCCAUCAAGGCGGUGGCGGCGGCGGCGGCUCCUCGUCGUCGUCAGGGCUUGGCCGGCAAGACAGAGCGUGAGUUGCGAUGAUACUGUACUGUUCAGAAUCAGAAUCGCUGAUACAUUAGAGUCGUCCAAAUUAAACAAAUUCAUACGUAUUAUAUUACCUAAUUGAUGACACCGUAGCUCGUUCUACCUGUCGUUGUACGUUUACUAAUUAUUACUCCGUAUUAAUUACUGUAAAUCUGAGGAUCCAUUUCGAAACGGUGACCUCUUCCCGUUUCAUGCGAGAAAUGAACUUGUUUCCAAUGAAAUAUUAAUUGAUACUCCUAUCUUGAUA